AAAGACUGGUUGCCAUGGCAAGCGUGCACAGAAAACGGGUUUAUUGAACAAAUUUAUUGACUAGUUAAAUACAAUAAAACGAUGGAACCUGCUAAAGUGAUUGGAAAGCUAAAGGAGCAAGUGCGCAUGGAGCACAAUUCACGUCGUAGUUUUCCAAAAGCUUGGAGCGGAAUUUCGGGCAAGCAAACUAACAAGUUCUACCACCAAUCUGAGAUUAAUUCUGAACUUAGUAACCAACUAAAAUUAAAAGACUUGUGCCCUUUUGUGCACAACAACCAAGGCGAAUCGCAAUUCGUAUCUCCGGAGAUGUACAAACCUUUACAGGCCGUCUGUCGUUGUGGUCGAACUAGGGAAAGCCUCCAUAUGGGAAAAUGCUUACAAAGAGCCUUGAGUCCAGAUUACAAACAAGCCAUGGUACUGAAUGGCACUGAUGCAUGGAAUGGAGAACCAUUGAAUGUUCCUUCCACUUCAAGCUCUACAAUUGGCUUCGUAGGUAUUUCGAAAAACUACAUAAAACUGGAGCGUUCUAUGCAAUAUGUUUCUCCUGCGUUUUCCAUGCCUGGCCCUCGAAUUACAGCAGUCCCUUACUAUAAUAUUAUUAUUGGAUAAGUCAUCACGAAUUUUAAAGUUUCUUCUUGUUGAUCAUUUCCAACCCAUAUUUUCGAUGAAUCAAAUCUGGGAUUUCCCUAGAUUAUCGCAAAUACAAGCACACGAUAAUAAACUUAAAAUUAGUAGCGGCAUCGUACAGAACUGGAUUUUCCAGACGAUUGUCUGCUUUAGAAACCUGUA